AUAGAAGCACUGAACUUUGCCUUCACUUGUCUGAAGUUAGAGUGACUGCUCUUUCCUAAAGUAUGUAGCUGCAACAGAAGCAGGCAGUUAAAAGCCCUAUGUGUGAACUCUGGUUUGACAGGCACUAUGGGUAACUUCAAGUACUUGUGUGUGGACUUCCUUUUCACUUGCCUGGGUCUGGUGUUCCUACUGCUGGACAUAGUGCUGGAUAUAUUGGCCGCUGUGUCUUUCUACCAGGAAAAGGCCUACGUGUGCCUAUCUAUGCUGGUGCUGUUUCUCGUAGUCUCGUCUGUUCUUGUGCAGGCCUUCAGCUGGCUGUGGUACAGCUACGAGGACUUUCAGAGGUGGACAAAAGUUGAGAAAUACCUGAGUCUGACACAGCUCAAGCUUCUCCAUGUGCUGCAGCUGGGAAUCUACUUCAGGCACGCAGGUGUCGUGGAGGUCUCUGUACAAAGCCUUACCUUGAAGCCCAGUUCCUCUGAGGGUCUCGCAGUGUUCCUGAGCCAUGACCUCAGCAUGCUGCGGCUCAUAGAGACGUUUUCAGAGAGCGCCCCUCAGCUCGUCCUCAUGCUCACUAUUUUUCUGCAGCAGGGCCAGCUCGAUGUUGUGACAGUGUUGAAGGCCAUUGGGUCAGCCUCCGCCAUCGCCUUCACUGUGACCACGUACCACCGCUCCCUGCGCUCCUUCCUGCCUGACAAGGAGAAGCAGGAGAUGUCCUCAUCUGUGGUCUACUUUAUCUGGAACCUGUUACUCAUCUCGUCUCGCCUCACCGCCCUCGCCCUUUUCGCCUCCGUGUUGCCCUGCUUCAUCUUCACCCACUUCUUUUGCUCAUGGUUGGUUUUAUUCUUCUUUGCCUGGCAAGCUAAGACUGACUUCAUGGACAGCCCUCUCGGAGAAUGGCUUUACCGAGCCACCAUAGGCCUCAUUUGGUAUUUUCACUGGUUUAAUGUUGUAGACGGGAGGACGAGGGACAGGACUCUGCUCUAUCAUGGGUACAUACUGCUUGAUAUUUGCUUCCUCUGCGGUCUGUGGUGCUGGAAGAUAAGAACAGAAAUGACAGAAUUUUAUGUAAUAGGCUUAGCUGUCAGUGUUGUUGUAGUUUACAUCCUUGGUCUUUUAUUUAAAAUACUGUAUUACAGAUGCUACCAUCCAAAUCUUUCCAAAGAGCAGUUGAAAGGGGGCACCCCUGAACAGGCCUUUGCUGCAGAUGAGACGGACUUUCCUUUCAUUGUGGCCAUAAUAAUGAAUGGUGACACAGACAUCUCAGAUCGCAGCCUUCCCAGCCCACCAGCUCCAGAUAUCAAACUCAAUAAAAGAAUGAGGAAGUUGGCCGAGAACUUCUACUCCUGACCUGCAUCACUUGACAUCAAUCAGACAUGGAGGUUAGCAAGAGCCUGAGUCAUGCAGCCGAACUAAUCAACAUCAUGGGGUUGUGUGGGAUAUAUGGCUAUGACCUGUUGCCUUUUAGUCACAACCUCACGGGACCCAAGAAAAUAGUUGUAUUCUCGUAAGCACUUCAUUCAUUGUAUUAACGGUUGGUGGUGCCGCGUACCAAAGAACACAAAGCUGCCAAUAAUUAUUUAAUCAAUUUUCUUUUUAAAGUAUAGGUUUACAUUUCACACAAGUCUGUCUUAAAGCGAUACUUACAUGCUCGUAUGUACAGUGAAAUUGUUUUUGGUCGCUGUUUGGUUCUCCUGCCCCUACUGGCUGUGAAGACAUCCAUUUUGAAUGGUUUUCCAAUGUGAGAAAUGGGGUACAAAACCAACAGUCCUCUUUCUUUGGGGGGUGCUUUUUAACCUUUAAUUGGAAAGGAGAGUCGAGGAGAGACAGGACAUUUGGUAGAGAGAGACUGGUGUUGACAUGCAGCAAAGGGCCUCAGGGUUCGAACCCGGGCCACUGAGACGAGGACUCAGUCUUCAUAUAUGGGGUGUGCACACCAAAAUUUAAGGGAGUGGGUGGGGAGGCCCUCCCCAGCUUUAUUAACAUUUUCAGUGGACCUUCACCUUGACCCUCCCGACUAUGAGCUCAAAAUACAGUAUUGAAAUAGUACAAGUUGUUUACAUUUUUUACAUUUAUGGUUGUUUACCAUUUAAACUUUAAAUCCUUUAAAGAUUUUCAUGGAACCCCAUUUUAGUAUUUAUGACAGGCCUAUUAGCUAUUAAAUGUAUUUACAUUCAGUAAUUAUCUCUGUUUGGUAGGUUUUAGUGGUGGUCUGCCUACCUAUGCAUGAGGGACUCAGGAAAUGAUGCACAAAUGGAAUUGAGCAUUAUAGUUUGUAAUUUUAUCUCAUUAAUAUCCGCCUCACUAUUUACUGUUGACUCUCAACAGUAAGUUACUGCUUUUAUUGUGAAGCAGUCACAGGAAACAAAGUAUUUUUCACCAAAAUUAAGGUUCAUAUUUGCUCCGUCUCGCAUUCACUUUUCUCAAAGCUUAAGGAGGGAUGUAUUCAAGCAUACCUUUCCUGAUUCGCUGAGUUCACCUUUGUUCAAACUGAUUUUUAGCGACCAAUAACUCUUUCCAUGUACAUAUGGAAAAGUAUUGUAUUAGAUAAAAAUUUCCUUUAAAGGUGGGGUAAAGCUAUUCUAAUCCAACCCAAUAUGUCAAAUUCAGUGAAUAUCUCCUCACGUUCUGCUAGUUCUGUGUGUGCGCUGAAAAAUAAAAAGGUGUUUGUACACAGCCCAACA